AUACUUCCAAGAGACUGACAAAAUCGGAUGCAGACUAUGUGGAUGUCAUCCACACCGAUUCAGGUAUUUUUGGUUUUCCUCUCUCCAUCGGCCAUGCAGAUUUUUUCCCAAACGGAGGAAGAGCUCUGCAGCCCGGGUGUCAGCCUAGCUACUUAGUUAGGCAAAGACUAGUGAACCAAGUCUUGGCAUGCAGUCACGUGAGGGCGUGGAGACUGUACGCGGAAUCGGUAAGGAGAGAAAAGGCUUUCCCAGCCACUAAAUGCAGCCUUUGGAGAGGUCCCAACAAACAAUGCGACUUUUCCACGGACGCAUAUAUGGGUUAUGCUAAUGCCAAGAACAGGAAAGGCCGAGGCACGUAUCACCUAAUUACGCAUGAAAGCAAACCAUUCGGAAUUAGAAGUGGACAAGAGAAAGAACUGAAUAAAAAAGCCUAAUAUAAUCUUGUACCUUUUGUGUACCUAAUAUACAAUUACAGCAUUUAUAUUUGUACAGUUUAAUGUUAAGGAUUG